GUCUUCGGAGAAAGUACCAGAUAAAUCGCGUUGAUUUUAAUGCCUUGAAGAAGCCAGUUUACAACGUAAACAAACUUUAUGGAAAAUAAGCUAGAAAAGCAGAGCGUUUCGCUCAAACACGUUGUAAGUGACAUUAGGUGAAAUGUUCUUUAAAACUUGGCCGAAGGGAAGCUGCUGUCUUAUCGCACUCAGAACUGCGUCGUUCAUCAUUAUGAUGUAAGAAUCCAGAUUCAACAGGGAGCUCCAGUAUCAACACUGCAAACUGACCUGCAAUUGCAAACCAGCUUUCCUCGAACUAGUCUGAUGCACUUCUUUUCGGCACAGAAGCAGUGCGGUCCUCGGAUGCAAACGACUUUCAAACUACUUUAAUUUACAUUUCUUAAAACAUACAUAUAAUACAAUUAUUUUCAUAUUCAAAGAAAGGGGGGGGAAACCGGUAGGAGCAGAGCAACCAAUUCAAAGCGAAAACCAAAGAAUGCUUCAUCUCUCAAAUGAUAUAACACCGUGUUUCACUUUCCUGACUCUGUUUGUCAUUUAUGCUUGCGGAGCACGCCAGAUCUGUGGUGGUUUUCUCUGCCGAGACGACCAGCGAUGCUGCACUCAAGGUAACAGUACCUCGGAGAGGAUUAUUUGCCCCAGACCGCGGAGGCAUCACGAAAGACAAGAGGAUGAUCCCUCGUUGCUGAACGGGCACACUACGGCGUCGCAGGAUUCCCUGAUAGACCGCUUCCCCGAGUACAGUAUCGGGGAAUUCACGUCUCCCGUCCUACAACUUCCGGCAUACGACGAGGUAAAAUACCUACCAACUUACGAAGAAACAAUGCAAGUCGACAGAGACCGAUCCGAUGACCAUUUACUAAAUUCGGCAGAGUCGGUAUCUGCAGGGCGAAGAGACGAGAGACCGGAUGAUACCCGUGUUACCAGGACUUCCUGGAACUCCGUUUAGCUGGACGUUGUGUAUUAGCUGGACGUUGUGUUGCGAUACGUGGAACAUUAAUUUUAAGCUUUUAAAACGAAAUGAGCAAUGCCACAAUAUAUGCUAGUCUGCUGGAAUAAAUUGCUCCGCCAGCUCGGGUCAAUACUAUGCAUUUUAAAGAAAGGCUGACAAUCGUUUUUUUUUUAUCGGUUUGCACAUGCAAAGGGAAAAAUAGUAUUAAACUGUUAAACGAGCCCCAGCAUAGGUUGGGGAUUAUCUUAAUUUAUAAUUUAAAUCAAGCCUUUACACGAAAGGGUGGUGUUAUUAAGCCGCAUACAUGUCAUGAUUCAUCAGAAUUUCAGAAAGUUUCUCACGUGCUUCAUAUGUUGUGUUAACUGGCAGGUCUAACAAGCAACAUGAUUUCCUAACAUGCAUGUCAGAAAUGAACUUCUUUUCUCCUAGCGUGUGCGAACCCUUUUGACAAUUGACUGAAGUCGACCGUCUUGCUGUUUUGUGGCGUAGAGAGUCGUAUGGCUGUAUUUGAAAAGUGAGGGGAGGUUUCCGAGCGAAUUUUUCUUAAUCACGACGACCUUACGGAACCCGAACGAAGAAAUCGUUUGAAAGGUGUUUCUUGUAUUGGGGGUAACGUUUUGUAACAUCACUAUAUAUUGGCAACUAAUUUUCAGUCACUUAACAUACUCAGCAAAUCUAUGAAUACUGCAGCCCCCCCUGAGAGCUCCGUGAAAUUAUUAGCCGAUUGUGAACAUUGUUUCUAAGACACUUAAGAGUUAAUCUCAGGCAACAGAAGGGGGGUAGUAUCCGUGAACACAAUACAUUGUUACAGGUACAGUACUACAACACCCAGCAAUCUGCCUUAUUUUGGAGUACGUCUACUGCAUGUAUCACCAGAAAUGUGGUGACCUUAGUAUGCUAAGAACAAGAAUUGUUUCAGAGGAAAUGAAACACGCAGGUGCCUUUUACAUUUAGUUAACAGUUCGAAUUUGGCAAAGCAACCUUACUUUUUUACGGUUUUGUCCACUCUGGUUGGGAGUGGCUUGCAACACACACCUUAUAACUGAACCAAAGCGUACUGUAUGUAUGGGACAGGCAGGAAAAAGCAAUUACAAGCAGCAAAAACGUACUGUACAACAAGUACACCAAGUCAGAUUUCAUAUUUAUUUCUAGAACGUGACGUAUAUUAAAUUAUUUUAUGCUGGAUAUACUAAA